AUGGAACUUCCCUCCAACUUCAUUGCUUGUUUUCUUUUCCUGGCUUUUAUCUCAGCUUUGAUCAAGAGACGCAAGAGACCAAAAGCAGCCCAGAAGCUGCCACCAUCUCCAUGGAAGCUACCUUUAGUGGGACAUAUGCAUCAUUUGUUAGGUUCCCCACCCCAUCGUGCCCUUGCAAAAUUAGCUCAGAAACAUGGACCUCUGAUGCACCUUCAGUUGGGAGAGAUUUCUUCAGUCGUGGUGUCAUCUCCACGUUUAGCUAGAGAGAUUAUGAAAACUCAUGAUCUUGCCUUUGCAGAUAGGUCGGAGCUUCUGGCAACAAAGAUUGUUUGCUACAACAAUACAAACAUUGCUGGCUCCCCAUACGGUGCAUAUUGGAGACAAAUGCGGAAAAUAUGCAACAUGGAACUCCUUGGUGCUGAAAAAGUUCGAUCGUUUGGCUCAAUCCGCCAAGAUGAGGCUUUGCAUCUCAUUUCAUCUAUCAGCGCUGCAGCUAAAGCUGGAGUCCCAAUCAAUUUAACAAGAAAACUGUCCACAUACACGAGCUCCAUGGUUUUCAGAGCAGCAUUUGGGAAAGCAUGCAGACACCACAAGGACACAUUCUUGCAGGUACUGAAGGAAGCACUACCCCUAGUAAGUUCCUUUGGUGUUUCUGAUCUUUUCCCGUCAUACAAGAUUCUUCAUUCCUUUAGUUGGGUGAUGGAUAAAUUCGCCAAGGUGCACCAAAAGAUUGAUGUAAUCUUCGACAACAUAAUUGCUGAGCAUGUUGAGAACCUAGCGAGAACAAAUAAGGGCAUGGGAGAGUCCGGGGAUGAAGAUCUAAUUGAUGUUCUACUCAGAAUAAAAGAUAGUUAUGACCUUCAAGUUCCAAUUACCAACAAUAACAUCAAAGCUGUUUUGAUUGAUAUAUUCUCAGCGGGAACUGAAACUGCAUCCUCAACAGUGGAAUGGGCUAUGGCUGAGAUGAUCAGAAAUCCACAUGCGUUGGCUAAGGCUCAGAGUGAAAUAAGGAAAGCCUUUAUGGGAAAGGCAACGAUAACUGAAGAAACGGAUCUUCAGGAAUUGAAAUAUCUAAAGAUGGUCAUCAAAGAAACUUUAAGAAUGCACCCUACUGGAGCAAUUUUAGUUCCUAGAGAGUGUAGGGAAGAAUGUGAAAUAGAUGGAUACCUCAUCCCAGUCAAAACAAGAGUCGUAGUUAAUGCUUGGGCACUGGGAAGGGACCCUGAGUAUUGGGAUGAUCCAGAGAGUUUUAGACCUGAGAGAUUUGAAAACAAGUUUGUUGAUUUUGCUGGAACUCAUUUCGAGUAUCUCCCGUUUGGUGCAGGAAGGAGGAUUUGCCCAGGAAUCUCAUUUGGUUUAGCCAAUAUUGAGCUUCCAUUAGCUCUUUUGCUUUACCAUUUUGACUGGAAACUGCCGGAUGGAUUUAACUCCAAUGAUUUAGACAUGAGCGAGAAUGGGGGAUUAGCUGCCUCAAGAAAACACAGCCUUUGCUUGCUGGCCUCCUUGCAUGGUCCUGCCCUUGAUAUGGCGUGCCAAACUCCAACAAGAGAUUGA